AUGCCCGGCGUGCCAACGGGACGAGCUUGUGAUGGGUGCCGGAAACAAAAGAAAAAGUGUGACGAGAAACAACCCACGUGCGGCCGAUGUCUUCGUCUCAAAUUAACAUGUGUGGGGUCCGGUCAGCAAAGAUAUAAAUUCAAACAAGACCAUCGAUUCUCGUCAAAUUCCAACCAGGGACAGAUGAUAAAUUUCGAUUCAUCAAGCUCUCACAGAAGAGAAUCCUCCCCUGUCGAAAUUCCUCGAGCGUGUCCGGGUAAUAAAACCACAUUCCUGACGGGAUCGUUCGUCGGUGCCAUAAAACGAACCAAUGACCUUCGAUACAACUUAUGGUGGUCUUUUGGUAUCUUCCUAGAGGAAGUGCCGCGACGAAUUGGUUCCAACGAAGCACUGGACCGCGCAGUUGACGCCCUGGCAGCUUCACACGCAAGCUUUUGUUCCCGUCGAUCGAUCUCGGUGGAGGCGUUGUCUAAGUAUUCUUCCGCCCUGAGGACCCUGAGAGUAUACUUGGAUGACUCAAUCCAAGCAACCUCUUCAAACACCCUAUGCGCCGUUAUGGUGCUGCUGUUGUGUCAAUCAUUCCAUGGGCAUAAUGGGCGAACUAUUACAGGCCACGCGCAGGGCGCGUCCAACAUUCUCCGGGCCCGAAAGCAUUUUGGACCCCGCGAUGAAUUCGAAAAAAAGUUGUUUCUCUCAUUGAGAGGCAGUGUGUUAUUUGAGGGUUUAUAUAACGACGCCAUCGACUUGAGCUCCGAAGAGUGGGAUGCCUUGGUGACAAAUGACUUUGAUCAAGAUCACCCCGAAGGCCAAAUCUUACGAUGCCUAGCCAAGGCGCCUGUGUUGAUCAAACGUGGCAAGCAAGCCAAAAUUAAUAUGGAGGAUCUGCAGCCUCUCAGAGAGGAGGUUCGGCCAAUAUAUGAGCAGUGCAAACUAAUCCUGAAAGACUUGAAGGCACGAAAGGUGCAAUGCAAAUCAUCUGAUCUCGGCAGCAACACAGAAACAUUCAUCACACGCCUACUGGAAGCCCACUACCUUCGCACUUAUGGCAUUGGGCUUGCAAUCACCAUUUUUUUCAACUGCAUGCUUCAAGCACUCGAUCCCAGUGAUCGAAUUUACAAUACAGAAUCCGGACCAUUGGUUGAGGAGACACUUUUGCAUGCCGAGGAAUCCAAUAUGUUCAGGCCAGUGGGAGCAGGCUAUAACAUAAUGUGCCUAGCGGCGGCAUGGGCAGCAACCACCGAUUCCCAAUUGCGACUACAAGUUGAGGCAUCUAUGCUUGAUUAUUACGGGGAUUUCUCGAUCAACAAUCGACCCCAUCUCUACGAGCACUUGGAAUUAGCAAGGAGCAAUUUAUGGCUUGCAGACAUCCCAGCACCACAAAUGGGAAAUUGA